AUGAAUGCACUAAUUUUUUUUUUUCAUUUUUUUUUUUUUCACAUUUUGUUUUUUAUUAUUUCUAUACGAUCAACCAUGUUUCCAUUCAACCCUGUUAAAAGAUAUGCGUUCAACUAUAGAUUUGGUAGUUUUUUCAAAGCAUUUAGAUAUCAGUCUACUAUUCCUCCUCGUACCGCACCAAAGAAGAAACAAGGAAUAGCAGCUUUGAUGAAAGAAUAUGGAUAUCCUGCACUUGCGGUUUAUUUGGGUCUUUCGGCAGUUGAUUUACCAAUCUGCUACCUCUUGGUGCAUUCAAUGGGACAAGAAACAAUUGAAACUUAUGAAAACAAACUCAAGCAAACAUUUGGUUAUGGUAUUUCCGAUGAAGAAUUGAAGAGAAAACAAGAAAUUAACAGAAUCCAAAAAGAAAUUGAUGAGAAAGAAGUUCCAGAAGUUAAGGAACCAACUUCUACUUUGGGUCGUUUAUGGAGUCAAUUUUCAUGGACAGAGUUUGCCAUUGCAUAUGGUAUUCAUAAAUCAUUGAUUUUUAUUAGAUUACCAAUUACAGCAGCCAUAACACCAGGAGUUGUUAAACUAUUAAGAGGCUGGGGUUUUAGAAUUGGUACUGAUAAAUUGAGUACAACUGCCAGUAUUGCCAAAGAUUUGGCAAAAACUGGAAUCAAGGAUAUUACUGCUUCUUCAACCAAAUUUGGUGUGAAAGCAGGUAAGAAGAAAUGGUGGUGGUUCUUUUAG